CAGUGGCAGCUCAUAUCACAUGGUGAUCUCAUCCACAGAGGGGAUUUGGACCAAGCAUGUGUAACAUGAAAACAGACAAUCUCAUGAAGCACACACUAUGCGGGAAAGAGAGGGGGGAAAAAAACACUUUCACACUCUGCUGGAUAUUCACACCCACUCUAGCUGUGUUUUGCCACCUGUUCUUCAUUGUGCACUCAUUCCAAAGCCAGAAUCUCAUAGCGGACAACGUCUCAGUAGUGGAGGGAGAUACAGCCACCAUAAGCUGUCGAGUCAAAAACAAUGACGACUCUGUCAUCCAGCUCCUCAACCCCAACAGACAGACCAUCUACUUCAAAGACGUCAGACCCCUGAAAGAUGCUCGAUUCCAGCUGGUCAAUUUCUCAGACAAUGAGCUGCGUGUGUCGUUAUCCAACGUGUCUCUCUCAGACGAGGGAAGAUACGUGUGCCAGCUCUAUACAGACCCCCCACAGGAAGCCUACGCCGACAUCACUGUGCUAAUCCCACCAGGAAACCCAAUCAUUGAGUCCCACGAGGACAUUGUCAGAGAGGGCAACGAGACAGAGAUAACCUGCACCUCCAUGGGCAGCAAACCCGCCGCAACCAUCAGAUGGAUGAAAGGAGACAAAGAGCUACAGGGCAAAUCUAAAGUGGAGGCCACGUAUGACAGGAUGUUCACUGUGACUAGCUGGCUGAGGUUUACUGUCACGAGAGAGGAUGAUGGAGUUCCUGUGGUUUGCAUUGUCGACCAUCCAGCGGUCAAGGACUUUCAGGCGCAAAAGUACCUGGAAGUACAAUAUAAACCUGAGGUGACGAUCAAGGUGGAGUUUCCGCAGGGCCUGAUUAGAGAGGGCGAGAAUCUGGAACUGACGUGCCAGGCUAAAGGCAAACCACAGCCUCAUCAGGUGAACUGGGUGAGAGUGGAUGAUGACGUGCCGUCUCACGCGGUUAUCACUGGCUCAGAUCUCUUCAUCGAGAACCUCAACAAGUCCUACAACGGCACUUACCGCUGUGUGGCGUCCAACUCUGUGGGCGAAACGUACGCUGACUACAUCCUUUAUGUGCGCGAUGCCCUUACCACAACCCCUAAACCCACAACCACCACCACCACCAUCUCCGCCACAACCUCCCCUCCAGACAUCAUACAAGACGCUGCGCCCAGCACUGAAGCCGCAGCUCACGAUUCACAAGCAGGACCAGAAGCACAGAGAUUGGACCAUGCGGUUAUCGGAGGAGUGGUGGCCGUCGUGGUCUUCGCCAUGUUGUGUCUUCUCAUAGUUUUGGGACGAUACUUUGCAAGACACAAAGGCACCUACUUCACACACGAAGCCAAGGGGGCGGACGAUGCGGCGGAUGCCGACACGGCCAUCAUCAACGCCGAAGGGGGCCACAACAACUCGGACGAGAAGAAGGAGUACUAUAUCUGAGUCCCGAGGCCUCUGUUGUUCUUACUAUUUUCUUUUUCGUUUUGUUUUUGGCGGGAGAGGUUGGGGCAUGGGGAAACUGAGAUAGUUUUGGUUUAUUUGUUUGUUCGUUUCAUUUUCUUUCCUGGGGAUCGAAUGACGUAGGAUGCUACACGGGCAGCUGAGAAGAUGUAGGUAUUUGUGUUAUACAGCAGGAUCAGGGUCAGGGGUGGGGUUUCGGGGCGGGUGGGAUACCAGAUGUUGCCAGAUAUGAGUGUAGAAAGCGUCACCACACAGCACCUCCCCAACUGCUGGUAUUUUUCGUUCAUUUUCGACCAUUUGCAGAAAAUUCUGUGCCUUGUUCUGAAUUUCUUUUCUUAGUCAUGCUUUAAACGCCAUCCAUCACGUCCCACCUUAAACCCCCCCUCCCUGGAAACACACAUACACCACCAUCUCUGAUUAUCGACUUUAUCGGCUUUCCUAUGAAGCGCACACCUCAAUACAUUCCCCUACACUGUGGGCAUCUCCUUCAAAACAUCAUAUCCUCUGUACUAAGAGCAGACCUAGUCACAUAACAGCGUUUUGAUUUACUCAAUCCCGAGUCAUCAGCAUCAUGAAGGGAAGUACAAGCAGCUUCCUUCCUUCCUUCUUGUCCCCCAACAAGUUGAUGAGACCGGCGGAGAAUUGAUCCUGAACGUUGCCCCUGUUUUCAUUCUGACAGGCGGCAUCUGCAUCGCUGUAGAAUGCUUUUAUCCUUGGUUUACUUCAUUUACUUGAGUUUUUUCCAAUUAUACUGUAUGUGCCAGUACAUCUGAAGCAUCGCAACCGCUCAGAAUGAGCAUAGGUGCAGAAGAAUGGUUCCUGCUACGCUGCACCUACGGAGGCUUAUUGUCUCGUUCUGCUCAGCUAGACACAGCCGAAAGCCCUUGCAGCUAUUUAUUGUUUCGGUAUAAUGAUGUCUUAGGUUUUCUCUGCAUUUUCAUCCAGACACGUUUUUGCACAUGCCAUAAUGACGAUUGAGUCGCCGUCACUGAAAAAGGUCUAAAUGCUGUGGCUUACGUUUUGUUUUUUCGUCUUAUGCUGUAGUUUCCCAUGCAGGGCUUGUGAAGGUGACCCUCUAGCACACGUAAAUAACUACCUAAAAUUGUGUCAAAGCGAACGUUUUAGAGUCUGUUUUGUUAGGCUCAAGGGAGGAAGCACCACAACCAUCAUGUUUAUAGAUAUACAGAGAGGGAAGAUUUGGAAAUGAUUUGAUUGCUAUAACUUUACUACCUUAAAAUGCAUUUUAACAGCCAAAAAAACAUCUGCAUUUGUGUAUCUUGUUUGUAGGCGAGUCAGUGAGGAUGUGACAUUGAUGUUAAGCAGUCCAACAAGUGUGUAAUGGUAUAUGAUUGCCUGUCAAGUUAAUUGCCUGUUUGUUCUUCCUCAGAGGAAACAGUGGCAAUCGCAGCUAGCUUAUCCUAGUGAUAUUAGUAUUUGAAUAUAAACUGCCCAAAUAUCCCAGACUCCAUGGUGCGAAAAAGCACCACGGUGAAAUAAUUUCCUCUUGAAGUGUAAACAAUGUGUGUUUUAUUGUUUAUAAUUGCUGUGAGUUGCUCCUCCGGGUUCCUGCUUAUGCAUAAUAGUCCUGAGCUUCAAAUGAGGUUAGUUUAAAUGGAGAGUGAAACAGUCUUUUAUUACCAAUACAGUUUGAAAAAAGUGG